AUGCCCCUCGCAACAAUUCAAGUAGGCACCAGAUCGGUCUUCGUGAAACCGCUCACCAUCGACAACUUUGCUCCUUUCGGCGGAGUCAUGUCUCUGGAGCACCAACAACGACCGGAAGAUGUGGGUGCCAACUACGGAACAGCCACAAAGAUCAAGGACGUGUCUCCUGUAACCAACAACUUUGCAUACGCCCCGUCCAAACAGCCCGCAAGGUCCAUUUGGUAUGGCUUCAGAUGCUCGCCUCCCAACCACCUCACUUCUACAAAAAACUCGCAGUCCACUUACACUUGCAAGGUGUUGGAGCGACACCCGUUCUCCACACAGACGUUUGUUCCCAUGGGCCGUAACAAGGACGAUCAGGCUUAUCUGGUGAUUGUGGCAAAGACUGGAACUGAUGGACUUCCAGAUGUCAACACUCUGGAGGCGUUUGAAGCACGGGGAGACCAGGCAGUUACCUAUGGAGUCGCCACCUGGCAUGCACCCAUGGUGGUGCUGCAUAAGCCGAUUGAUUUCGGAGUGUUUAUUCACGAAAACAGCGUGCCAGAAGAGAACUGCCAGGAGGUUUACUUUGAGCCUGGUGUCAAUGUGGAAUAUCGGGAGAAGGCGAAGUUGUAA